CGCGCGUUCCCACAGUGCUCCGCGAAUGCCGCUAUGGAGGCCGGCAGGACCGCGGUUCUUCGCGUGAAGCGGAAGCGCAGCGCAGAGCCGGCCGAAGCCCUUGUCCUCUCCUGCAAACGCCUUCGGAGCAGCGCAGUCGAGUCGACGGCCCAAAAGACAGUCCCCGAGGAUCUUGAGAGAGGGCCGGAGAAUAAUGUCUUCCAAUUGGUGGCCACCGUGCGCUCCCAGGAGGAGCCGGUCCAGGCGCUCGUUCGAGCCGCCCUGCGCCCUUCCCGGGGCAGCCAGCAGCGUAUCCGCCGCGACCUCCGCGCUUCGGCUCGGGAGAACCGGCAGGAGGGUCGCUACCGGGUGAUUUCUAGCCGCAGAUCCUCAGGGAUUCCCUCAGGUGGCCUGGAGUCCGAAGACCCACCGGGAAACCCAGAAGCCGCCGAGGACGCGAGCUUUCAGCUGUUCGACCUGGUCCACGAGGAAGAAGACGACCCAGAAGCUGUCGCCACCGGAGGCUCCUCCAAAACAUCUGACCCAGAUGUGAUCCUCUGCAAUUCCAUAGAGUUGAUCCGUGAGCGGUUGACUGUAUCUGAGGAUGGACCAAGAAUCGGGCAUCAGGAGGAACAGAAGGAUGACUAUGUGUAUGACAUUUACUAUUUGGAGAUGGCUACUCCAGGAUGGAUUGAGAACAUCCUCUCUGUGCAGCCUUAUAGCCAGGAGUGGGACCUGGUGAAUGAUGACCAGCAGCCAGAAGAUAUUUAUGAAGAUGAUGAUGAUGAGAACAGUGAGAAUAACUGGCGUAAUGAGUACCCAGAGGAGGAGAACACUGAUGAAGAUGAAGAGUCCAGAGGCUCUGAUGACUAUGACAGCUUCAGUGAAGAGGAAAGAGGCAACAGCAGACCACAAAUGUGGAGCAAAUACCCUUUGGAUGUGCAGAAGGAGUUUGGCUAUGACAGCCCCCAUGACCUGGAUUCAGACUGAUGAUCCUAUGAUAUCUGUGAAGUUCAAUCAUGUGCCCUUGAGGGCUCUGACUGUAGUUUCAUCCACCCUGGUAACAUCUUUGGGUUUUCUAGAUUAACAUAAAAGGAAAAAGCAUGUCCAAUAGCAGCAUCCUACCAGUGAAAACGUGCCCUGAAGGAUUGUCUUUUUCAGUAAGAGUACGGCCCCUUUGCUUCAAGACUCUACAGUCUGAUCGGGGGAAAUGCCAUAAAAAUGAAGCUUCCUAGUCUGGGGAUUUUCCCAUUCUCUUCCUGUCCUAAAGCCAAUAUGUAGAAGAGAAGCUCCUCUUUCCCUCAGCACUAAGAUUUAGCUUUCCCAUACUACCAGGCCACUGCCUCCACUAAAAGUCUGUUUCUUUUGGUAGAAUCCAGAAGGACUACAAUGGGUCCUUUACAGCAGCACAGACUGGAUAGUGGGGGCCGUUGGAGAAGGAAGUAGGAUCUGCCUGGCGCUGAGAGAGAGGUUUUAAGUUAAUAGGGUCUCUACCUCCCUGCUUCCUGACUGAUAAUGCUUGUAAAGACUGCUGUCUUCCUUUGGCACUAGUGCCAGGGAGAACAGGAUGUAUGAGUGUGAUACUCUGUGUUUAGUAAAACUUAAAUAUGGGAGCAAGAAAUUCCUGGAAAACUCUUUUUUUUUUUUUUUUUUUUUUUUAAGAUUUAUUAGAACAUAAGUACGAGGAAGGCCCAUAGGGAGAGAAG